UACCCUUGUUGGAGGACAAUUUGCGACAAGGUAAUUUUGGAACUUGAAAAGUAUAACAAUAUUACAGAAUCUAUGUAACGUCAGAUACCAAGUUUUAAAGGAAGGGAAAAUGGAAUCAAAAGGAUGUCAAGAUCUCAAUUUGUCACACGUUUCAGCGGACAUUUUGUGCGAAUUUCUGGAAGUGGCAGUUCAUCAGAUCUUGUACAUCAGGGAGCUCUACCCUCUUGGAAUCUUUGAAAGGAAACAGAAAUACAAUGUUCCUGUUCAGCUAUCCCAUCAUCCGGAGCUGAAUCAGUACAUAACAGAUGCUGUUAUGGGUAUCAAACCACAUGUUAUCAAGGAUGAAGUCCAAUGUGUUACUGUUGUUAUUUUGAAUUCCAAACACAUUGCUGUUGAAAGAUUCGUCUUUGAGAUUGCCAGGCCCUCAACAAAGAAAGUUGAUAGCAUAGAGAAUCGGCUGGAGAGACUAGAGCAGAGUCUAAGAGCUUUUUUACUGAGGCUGAAUACGUGUGAUGCCGUCUUGCAUUCACUUCCAAGAGAUUGCACGUUUUCUUUACUGGUUUACACAAAGGGAUCUGCAACAAUGGAGUCACAUGAUAGGCAACUUUUACAGGAGUUUCCCUGGAUAGAGGCUGAUGAUCACAUGUGUACUAUGGAUGAUGCAACCCUUGUUCCACUCAAAGCUGUCUCGUCAGAUCUCUUGAAGAUGCAGUUGUACGUUGAAGAAGCCCCAUCCAAGUUGGAUGUCAGGUGACACUGCGUGCCUUGCGAACAAUAGAGGGCACUGUUUACCCGGAUAUGCCGUCAGCUGGUGUGUCAUCUUUACCACGUCAAAAGGGGACAAAUAGUAAUGUAUUGCAUAGUUUAAGGCCGAGUCAUUACUGGAUUUUCUUUUACUGACGACUGCUUGUGAUUUUUCUAUGGAAAUCCAUCAGUGUCGGAAUUUUUUCACCAGGA